AUGUCCCGCACGAAUAUCAGCUCUGGCUCAGAAUUCGAAGUCGAGAUUGGAUAUUCUCGUGCUGUCGUCGUAGAUGGUUGGGUCAUGGUAUCCGGCACCAAGGGGUACAAGUACGGAACCGGUGAAAUAUCGGACAAUGUGGCAGAGCAGGCGGAGCAAGCCCUGCGCAACGUCGACCGAGCGUUGACGCAGGCUGGUUCUUGCAUGGCGGACGUAGUUCGCGUCCAGUACAUCUUGCCGGAUCGUGACGACUUCCCCGCGACUGGCCGGUGCUGA